CAAAAUCGCAAAAAAUUGUUCGUAGAUCGUCGAUCUCAAUCGUACGCGUGAUUGCUUCUAGUAUCCAUUUUGGCGCGAAACGAUAUCAUUUUGGCGCGAAAUCGAGUUCAUUUUCACGUAUAUGUUUCAUCAAUAGAUGUCGCAGUGAUCGGUGAAUCUCAUUGGUGGACAAAAACUGGAGCGGACAAUCAGUGCGAGCUCUGGAGAAACGUCACGCGUAGUACAAUUAUUAUCCGAUAUAGCUGUAUACUUGGCUCGACUCUCUCAUUUCGAAUCGUUGUCGUAGUUUUCGCGAUUUAAACUGCCCGAAAGUGCAUUUUAUCCGCGAAUAAGUGUCGGGAGUGCCUCGUAAUGUGUCGUUCGUCGUGGCGUGUCGCACAUGCGAGUCGUGAACAUUUUCGCACGAAAUGUAACUUGCAAGUUUUACGUUUUAUUUGCACCGAUAUCGGAUCUCAAUCAUCCAUAUGCGUUUAUAUAUAUGUGCAUCGAUCAAGAUCGCUUCUUCGCCUUGGUCGGAAAGUCGUACGAGCAUCGUCCACAUCAAAGGAAGGAUUCCCGGUCCCCUUCGAACCCAUCCUCCCUGGAAAUUCUUCGUGGAUCCUGUUGGCGAUUCGUCGACGCGAGAGAUAACAUAAAUUCGGGAGUGCCGUUAAGUGUAUAGCGCGUACGAGUGCGGGAGUGCCGUUAAAAAUAUCGCGAGUGCGGGAGUGCCGUUAAAAGUAUCGCGUGUGUCAACUUUGACGACCCUAACGUCCUGAGAGGAGGAGGAGGCCCAGAAGAGGCAUCGGGCACCGGCAGAGCAACCCUACGACAAUGCGUAGCUUGAACAUCAACUACUUCGCCGUUCUGCAUCAGCGUCGAUCGCUCCACACUUGGUUUAAGCUCUUUGCCGCAGACGAGUUCGAUGUCAACUCGGAUGUGAUCGGGCCGAUUGAAAAGGGUCGUGAGAGAUGCCGUAGUCGUCGCUAUGAACGAGAGCCGGUGCUACACGGAUUCGCCCGUGCUCGCCGAACAUCAGCCCUUCAACCGUAAUGGGAAGGCGCUCAGGGGAUCUAAGAAGAGCGUGCUGUUUUAUACGACCGACUGCGGGGACGAAAAAGAGGACCUAGGUCUCAAGCUUCAGCAACGAUCCGUCUCACUGACCGCACUACACACGGGAGUUGGCCCUCAGCAACAGCUGUUGGAACCCAGAAUGGCGCAAUUGGAGACCCUAGAGGCUAAGAUGGCCAGUAUAGAGGUGUCCCUGUCGACGACCCCGAGACGGAAAAAAGGCGGCAGUAUUUCCGGGGGCGUAACCUCCCCCGCACACCGGAACAGAGAUCAUUAUAAAGAAUUGGACGCUCUCCGAGUCGCUUUGCGCGACAAAGAAAACAUCAUACAGACGCUCAAGGGCCAGCUUUGCAACACGCUGAGCAAUAGACUGGCAUUACGCAAUGGCGCGCCACCCUUGACCGAGGCCGACAGGAAAGCGGCCGAGGAACGGCUUCAAAGGUUGCGACGAGACGCCGACAAUAAGCGACUGGCUAUUAAGAACCUGAAGCUGGCGCUCGAGCGCCUCGACAUUACAGAUAAUAUUGAUGUUCGAAUACAACAAGCGGAAUUGGAGUACAGACUAGGUCGUGAGGAACUCGAGCUGCUGACUCUUCACGAGGAGAGCAGAGCCCUUCAAACUGCUUUGGAAUUGGCCGAAACUCAAGAAAAGCAAAAGAAUGAUACAAUAUUUAGCUGCAUUUCCGGCUCGACGCAAGUUACGAUCCACGCUGUAGAAGUCAGUGCGGAUCCAAAAAGUCCUCGUUUUGGAGCCGGGCCAAGAGACGAUGCGAUUGGCCUCUACGUCGACUGGGCCGUAGAGGAUUCCGGUCUUUGCAAGGGAGACAGAAUCUUGGAGGUAAAUGGAAAACUGGUGGUAGGAGCGGGUAGGAGCGAUUUGGCGCGACUUCUAGCCGUUGCACCUGACGCUGCACAAAUAGUAGUCCUACGAAAAGGCGAAUCCCUAGCGGCAUUGCGUACGUUACGCUCCGAUAAUCUCAGAUUAACACAUAGGAUCGGUUAUCUCGAGGAACAGGUCAGAGAUCUCUUAGCGCCAAGUAGAACCGAGGUUCCCGCUGAAGAGCCAUCACCGAAUCGUCAAGAACAUGUACAGGUUUUCCAAAAAGGCCCUCAGGUGACGGCGUUAGUGGCAAAUCUACCCGGUCUCAACGUGAGAAGUUCUACAGAAUUGCGCCAGAGUUUGCCGACUGUCAGAAGUAGACAUAGUGAUCAUUCUAGACGUCUUACAGAUUCUAGAAACCAGCGUGAGCUCGACUUCUCGUCCGAUGGGGUUUCAAACGGUCAUCACAAAUCACGAAAUAGGCAGAAACAUCAAGGAUUACAGCUGGCCAGGUCUACGGCCAGCCUCGACUGUAAGCAGUCUUUAAUGCAGUCGCAGAUGCAACAUCGAAGAUCGCCGCGCGCCGAAUCUGCUAUGGACCAUUUGCAUAAGAGUCGUAAAAGCGUCUCGCAAUUGCAGUCUCUAGAAUUUGACUCUGAACCGACAUACUAUCGUUUACAGGACUCUCAAUCUCGCGUAUCAGAAAAUUCUGAGACAUCGGCGGCAUAUGCUAGCUCUCAAGAGACGAAGACUCGCCCGGCACCACCGAAGAAGCCGUUGCGACUCUCCUUGCAUCGCGCUGCGAGUCUUCAAUCCGUGGAAAGCGCGCCACCGACCGCACCGCAGCACGACAUGACCCGGAAGCCUAUAAAGAGAAACUAUCGCGGCGAUCCACCGGUGGAGAAGGGUAUACCUCGGCAUCUCGAGGCAAACGGAGGGGAUAUGAGUUCAAACUCGCAAGAAUCUCAUGUUAAUCCACCUCAACCGCCUCCGAGGACACCCUCCAGAGCAGAAUCAUGUCAAAGCGCGUUGCGAUGGCCUUCUCCAAAGCCGAGACCACAUUUGACAUCCGUGCCAAUGGAGAAAUGGUGCUAAACGUUACACAGAGAGAAUUUUUUCGUUAUAUUUUACUGCAAAAUUAACUUAUCACGUUUGCUAAUAAGCCGAAAAUUAUCAUACUGCAUGUUAAAAUAUUCAUGAACAAUUAAGCUAGAUUGAAAUUAUGCUGCAUUGAAAAUUUAUAUAAAAAAGAUACAUGUAUAGAUAUUUUG